AGAUUUUCAUUUGUAUGCACAAGAUGUAUCCGUUUUAAAGGCUGUCAAUUUUAAUAUUAAGAUGGAAUCUGUGAACUUUUACGAUUUCCUAAAUGUCAAAGGCCUACUCGUUAAAUGUUCUGAAGCGGGUAAUGUAACUGCUCAGCAUGUGCUCGGGAAGGUGAUAUUGCUGAGCUCUACUCAUUUGUUACAUAGUGAAGGGAAACUAAAAGUUUUUGGUGUCAGUCCUUGUGAUCGUUUAAAGCUUAAACGUUUGAUUCUAGACAAAAAUGUUCGCGCGCACAGUAAAGUUAGUUCUUUUAUGUCCUAUUUUUCACGUCUACAAGUACGCACCAGUGACUCACCAACAAGAUUGGUUCACCACCAACUUGUGAAGCUGUUCCUGAUUAAUGGCAACCAUGACGACUUCAUCGAAAUGGGUAUAUUUCUAAGGCUUUGUAUACAAUACUUGAUGAGUGAUACUAGAGAACUUUGCCUCCUCAACACCUUCAUCACGAAAUUGGUUAGACGUGCUCGUUAUGUCGGAGAUUUGGCGAAGGCUAAGGAAUCAUUUAAUGACUGCUUUAAAGUGGUUAGAGAAAUCUUGGAACUGCACCCUGAUAAUUAUUUUGACAAGAUUUCUGGGAAGUAUAGGUGUCUUCGACAUCUAUGCCUGCAAAAAUGUCAUAUGGCUGACCUGGGUUUACAAGAGGCAUUGAGUGAUGAAAAUUUUGUGGAGGAACUGAGACAAGAAGUGAGCGACCAACUUGGUCAAUCAUACAUUGAUUUGAGUACUGUCCGAGCUAUGGCACUUGAUCGUUUUGAGGACCAGUUUGAAUAAGUUUAUACAUGCAAGAAUUGUAAACUUUUAAGGGGUGUUAAGACUUCAGAUUAUU